UCUUUUUAUUAUUAUUAUUUUUCCAGUUAGAAAUAACUAGCAAAAAGCUUUUCAGUCCUUUAAGUUGUUUAAAUUUAUAUAUAUAUAUAUAUAUAUGUGACUCAUUUUGGUAUGAACAAUUCUUUUCAACAAAAAAAAUGUCCCUUUACCUUUGGAAUUCCAAGUUAAUUUUUUCAUAUGGAGAAAAUAGAAUGAACAGCAUGAAUUUUUUAACAGGGUCAUCAAAGAGUACAUGGCAGCCAGUGAAGACUGUGGAUACAACCACCUCGAGUUACUGGUUUAACUGGAGGGUCUUGCUCUGUGGUGUUUGGCUCUUGAUAUCAAUGGUUUUUUCAUCCAUUGUUAUCCAUAAGUACGAAGGUGCUCGCAAUUCAAAACAGGAAAGCAGAGAAGCCCAGCAAGAAUCUGCAGGUGUUUUGUAUGACGACGAAAUUUGGCGGCCAUGCCUGAAAGGAAUUCAUCCUGGCUGGUUGCUGGCAUUCCGCAUUGUUGCUUUCUUCGUGCUUUUGGCACUGUGGAUCAUCAAUGUUGCUUUUGAUGGUGAUGUCAUUUUUUACUUCUAUACUCAGUGGACUUUUAUGCUCGUCACCUUCUAUUUUGGGAUUGGAUCUUUGCUCUCAAUGUAUGGAUGUUACCAAUAUCACAAAGAAACUGGCGGAGAUAGGAUUGAUAAUCAGGACUUUGAUGCCGAGCAAGGGACCAAUGCUGCUCCUACACAAUUAGAAAAUUCUAAUGCAUCAAAUGCAGCGAAAUGCUCGGGACACACUGAAAAUCUUCGUGUUCGCCAAACUGCAGGAUUUUUGGGUUAUGCUUUUCAAAUUAUUUUCCAGAUUAAUACAGGAGCUGUGAUGCUUACGGACUGCGUCUUUUGGUUCAUACUUGUGCCAUACCUUCUAUCAAAAGAUUACAGUUUGAAUUUCUCUCUUGUAAACAUGCACACAGUCAAUGCCGUUUUGCUGCUUGGUGACACUGCCUUGAAUUGCAUGCCAUUCCCAUGGUUUCGAAUGGCAUACUUCUUCCUGUGGGCAGAUGUUUAUGUUAUUUUCCAAUGGAUUGUUCAUGCAAGUGUCUCAAUCGGGUGGCCAUAUCCAUUCCUUGACUUGUCUUCUCCAUUUGCUCCACUAUGGUACUUGUUAAUGGCAUUGAUGCAGUUUCCAUGCUACGGGAUUUUUGCUUUAAUAAUGAAGACGAAACAACUUCUGUUUGCAAAGUGGUUUCCUCAAUCCUACCGUGGUGCCAGGUGAUUCGGACUAAAAUCUUAUACGAAACUAAACCAGUUUCGUGGUCGUGAAAACUUGCAAAAUUAUUAAUCCAUGGAAGAUGAAGAUGAAGAUGUAGGACACAGGAGGAAAAUGUAAUUGAAAACCAUUACAAGUCUUGGUUUGAGGGAUAUACAAAAUGAAAAGUUUGUUUAGAUAACCAUUCCUAGAGGAGUGGCAUAGUUGUAACUAAUACAUGGAUGGUGU